AUGUGGAAAGGUUGCUCCCGCGUGUACGAACGACGGCGUCACGCGCCCCCCGUCCCUCACAGCUGGCGAGUUUCGAAUGUCUCUUGUCAAAUAAACUGGCUCACCGUGUGCGAUGAGCGUUACCCUGGCGUCCGAUGUCAGCUCUCACUUGUAUAUCAUCGCGCAGACUUUCGCAACCGAGUGGCGUGUCGAAACAGCUCUGCCUUGAGCACGCUGCCGUGUGGAGAAAGCGUGGUGUAUAAACGGGUGUGCGCGAACCGCUCGGCGUUCAGAGUAACACUGGCGCGUCGCUCGGGUUACUACAACUCAACCACUCGGCACUCACUGAUUCACGCGGUAGGCCCUUGA